AUGUCUGGAAACUCGAGCGUCGGCAACCGGGGUGUGUAUGAAGCCGGCGACCAGCGUAACGUCAAGCAGUCGGAGAUGGGCACUGCCGAGCGGUACGAGGAGGGGAAGCAAAACUCGCACUUGGGCAACGACGCCAAGGACGAACGGUCCAUUGCCAACCGCCUGGCGGCAGAGGAGCGCAAGAAAGACUUGGGCGAUGACAAGGAGACUGCCAUGCUGAAAAAGGACCCGACACUACCGGCCAAGGCACACGGUAACGAGCCUUCCAAGGGCGCCAAGAUCGAUGCCGAGAUACAAGCCCAAGAAGAAGAGGAACUGAGGCGAAAGGGCAAGGCCUAA